CCCACCACUCCCUCUGCCAGCCGGGGGGAGGACUGUCACUACCAAGUCAGGACUUCACUCUCUUCACUUUCUCCUUGCAAAGUGGCAUUCAUCAGUGCCUGCUGGCAGCUCAAAGACAAAGCCAGGUUGGACUUGACCGAGGUGGCCGCUCUCCUAUGAAGUCAUGUUGCUGUGGUCAGCAUGGAGCGCGAUAUUGCUACUGACCCCGCUAGAGGCUGUAGAGGAGGACGACGUCCGAGCAGGCUGCAGCACAGCUGUAAAUGAUCUGGUCUACAUUGUUGAUGGCUCGUGGAGCGUUGGCUUCUCUGACUUCGACACGGCCAAGCAGUGGCUCAUCAAUAUCACCAGCCAAUUUGACAUCAGCUCCCACUACACACAGGUGGCUGUCAUCCAGUACAGCGACACUCCUCGUCUGGAGAUUCCUCUGGGGAAACACCAAGGUGGAGAAUGGCUCAUCCAGGCCAUACGGAGCAUCACCUACCUGGGUGGAAACACACAGACUGGCAGAGCCAUUAAGUUUGCUGUGGACCAUGUGUUCCCCUCCUCCCAAAGAGCCAGCCAGGUCAAGAAUCGCAUCGCUGUGGUGGUUACUGAUGGCAAAUCUCAGGAUGACGUGGUGGAUGCCAGUAUGGAGGCGCGAGCUCAGGGCAUUACAGUGUUCGCUGUUGGAGUUGGCAGCGAGAUCACCACCUCAGAGCUUGUAUCCAUCGCCAAUAAACCAUCAUCCACCUAUGUCCUGUAUGCCGAGGAUUACACCACCAUCGACCGUAUCCGAGACUCCAUGGAGCAAAAGCUCUGUGAAGAGUCUGUGUGUCCAACACGAAUCCCGGUGGCAUCUCGUGAUGAGAAAGGCUUUGAGCUGAUGUUAGGCAUGAACAUUCAGACGAAAGCCAAAAAAAUCCCCGGCUCUCUGACUUCCGAGGCCGCCUACGCUCUGACAGCCUCCACAGACAUCACUGAGAAUACCAGGGAGAUUUUCCCAGAGGGCCUCCCUCCAUCCUAUGUGUUCGUCGCCACUCUGCGUCUAAAGGGGUCUUCUAGCAAGCUGACCUUUGACCUUUGGAGGGUGUUGUCUAAGGAUAAGAAUAUCCAGGCUGCAGUGACACUAAGUGGGAAGGACAAAAGUGUCAUCUUCACCACCACCAGUAUGACAGAAAAGGAGCAGAGAGUCAACUUUAAAAGCGGCUUUGAGACUCUGUAUGAUGGAAAGUGGCAUCAGCUCAAGCUCCUUGUGAGACCGCGCCAGCUCACCAGUUUCCUCGACGAUCAAACGAUCCAAGAAGUCAUGCUGGAACCGGUGGAGCCCAUUUACAUCAAUGGGGAGACACAGUUGGCUAAGAGGCCAGGAACAGACGUAACUGUCCCUGUGGAGAUUCAGAAGCUGCGUCUGUACUGUGAUCCUCAUCAGAGUGAGAGAGAAACAGCCUGUGAGAUCUACUCUGUGGAUGAUGAAAGGUGUCCUCUGAAUCGAACAGCCACAGCAGAAGAAGAAGAGGAAGAAGACUGCAACUGUGUGGUAGGACCACCAGGGCAGCGUGGCCUGCCAGGACGCAUGGGUUUCCGAGGGGAGAAAGGGAGGGAAGGACCACCGGGACCUGAUGGUAAGCCUGGUAAAGAUGGGUCACCAGGCGAACCUGGGCCUCUUGGAUUGCCAGGGAUGAAGGGUGAAAGUGGCCCAGCAGGACCAAGAGGGGAUCCUGGUCCAAAAGGGAACAUGGGAGACAGAGGAGAACCAGGCUUACCAGGAGAACCAGGACCCCUAGGACUCAAGGGUCUUCCUGGUGAGAGAGGCGAGUCGGGACCUCCGGGAGAAGCUGGACCAAUGGGGGAGCCAGGACUACCAGGCCCCGGCGGACUGGUUGGACCACUGGGACCAAAGGGAGAGACGGGAGACCCCGGGCCGACUGGUGCUGCUGGAGCUCAAGGUGCUCCGGGUGUCCAGGGACCACCAGGGGAAGAAGGCCCAAAGGGAGCUCAGGGAGAGAUAGGAUUGCCCGGGCAGCAGGGACCACCUGGAGUAAACGGAACGCUGGGAAUCCAGGGGCCCCGGGGGCCGCCCGGAGAGAUCGGCCGGGAUGGUCCCAAGGGGGAGUCUGGAGAUCCAGGGGUUGCUGGUCCUGUCGGUCCACCGGGCCAGAAGGGCUCAAGAGGGGAGCCAGGUUUUCCAGGGCCGCCGUUUGCCAUGGAGCUGCCAGCGUUCAAAGGUUACAAGGGGGAGAGAGGAGAGGCAGGAUCUAAAGGACACCAGGGGGAGCCAGGCAGAGAUGGAGUUCCAGGGACUCCCGGCGUCACUGGCGAAGUGGGACCCAGGGGAUGGAAAGGAGAGAAAGGAGUGGCAGGCGAUGUUGGCCCCAGGGGGACUGAAGGAAAGAAGGGGGAGAUGGGCCACGUGGGGUCUGUUGGUCCCAGGGGAUUUCGAGGCCAGGACGGGCUCCCAGGCCAACCAGGCCAACCAGGCUAUCCAGGGAAACCUGGCAAGCCUCCCUCAGAUGAACAUCUUCUAAAGCUCUGCACUGAUGUUCUGCGCAAUCAACUUCCAGCAUUGCUCCAGACUCUGGCCCCCACAGCUAGGUGUGAACCUUGCCAGAGCAUUAAAGGACCCCCAGGCGAGCCAGGAGCACCAGGACCCAAAGGCACAAUGGGGACUCCUGGUUACCCUGGCAGGGGUGGCACUCCCGGUUACCCAGGACCCCCUGGGAUGCAGGGUCCUGCAGGCCUCAAAGGUGACAUGGGGCCACGAGGGCUUAAAGGGAGCAAAGGAGAAGGUUACAGUGGACCUCCAGGACCACCUGGACUGCCAGGGAUUCAAGGUCCUCGUGGAUUCGAUGGAACCGGCCAUCCAGGAAACCAGGGAAUUCCUGGAAAACCAGGACCACCGGGAGAUCCUGGUAAACGGGGCAAUCCAGGGCUUCCAGGGGCUUGUGAUGCUUCCAUGUGUUAUCAGACGUACAACCUCAGGGAACAUUAUAGCAAAGGACCCAACGUCUGACGACAGAGCAGUGUGGAAGAGGCUGCUGUUGACUUAAACACCCACGUGUUUUGAGGAAGCGAUUUACUGUAUGACUGAUUAACAGAGAUAUUUGUGACUGUUAUUUUAUGACAAAACGUUUUUGGAGAACAGCUACACAGCAGGCAGACACAACCUCAUUAGUUGAAUUAAACCGAAAUGGGCCGGGAAUUGAUUCAUGAGUACUAAAUCCAUGAUCAAAGUUGGUCAGCAGGCUUGUGACCCAGUUUGGAAGAUACCAGACUAAUAUGGUUUGGCUACACUUUAAACUUGCAAAAUCUGAACAGCAGGUUUACAUAGUGAGCUCCAGAAAGCACACGCACAGAAAGCAAACAAAUCUCCUCAAAUGUAAUGUAUAAAAUUUAAAUGGAUAAAAUAAAAAUCAUUUUUUUAACAUGCAUUACUGCAUUAAAUUGCAUAUCAUUUACGGAAGUGGACUAGAAUCACCUGUCACACUGUGCUUGAAAGCUGUGCUUUUCUUGGCCUCACCAAAUGAGGUUUACAUCAACCAAUGAAAUUAUUUCUGCCUUCAGUGCAGCUCUGCCUCAGAGAAAUUAUUGUAUCUGCAAAUUAUGUGAAAAGUACAGUCCAUUCCUUGUUAGUGAAUUGGGAAACGUCACGAUGAAAGAACAGGACAGCCCAUUUUCACAUGAUUAUGCUGUGAAAGGGUAGCUAACAUUAAGGCUGAUUCGUCAAACAUAAGAACCUAAAACAUUUCUAAAGUUCAAGUUGAUGCAUAAAUGAGAAAAACUCAGCUGAGGUCAGUCCAAUCACGACAUUAGUUUGCAGUGCAUUUUUUCACUGUCAGCCUGCUUCUAGUGCAUCCCAUGUGUAAUCCCUUCUGGUGGAAAACCAUAUUUCUAUCACCUAUUGUGAACGGAGCACCAGGGUUUGUGCUAAUCCAUUGCUGUGACACACAGGGAUGGAAGAGGCCCGUCACUGUGUAUCAUAUUUGUUAUUUUGUUUACCGGUAUUAUGUGGAUUUAUUUUGGAUUGCUUGUCUGUGUGUGUGGAUUACCGUAAAUUCUCAAAUAGCGGCCCUUACCUCAACUGCAGAUUUCUGCAGGCUUAUAUUACUGACAGGCCUUUAUUUCUAACUUCGUGUUUUGUAAGUCUAUCUUAAAUUAUUUAAGAAGCCUCCCUAUUUCUUGAUUCUGCAAACUUAAAAUGCCUGGUGUACCUCUCUCUCUCUCUCUCUCUCUAUAUAUAUAUAUAUAUAUAUAUAUAUAUAUAUAUAUAUAUAUAUAUAUGUCUAAUCAAUCACAUUUCUGGUAGGCUUUUAAUUUGAAAUAUCUGCAGGAAGUCUCAUUGACAAUAACCAAUAGCAGUGUAGAAGUGAUUGGAAAUAAUAAGUGAAUUUCUCUUAUAAAGUGAAACUCAGAGAAGCAGAGUUUAGAGUAUGCUCGAUUAUUUAAAUACUGGUUUUUAUUUGAGAAUCUAUGGUAUACCAUCUGUAAUGUUAAGGCCAAAAUAGGCUCUUUUAAGAAAGCUGUGCUCAACAGAAAUGUUAAAACAUCAAACAAUCCGAGUUUAACAUUGGUAAUAUGGAAUACAUUGAUUAAAUAAUCAAGGCACAGUAUUGUCUACGUUGUGAUUAUGUGUUAGCAAAGACAGUUGUACUACUGCUGUGCUGGAUCAGGAAAAAUAUCAGUGUGUGCCACUGACUUAAGGCUUAGCGUUUAAAAUGGCAACUUUUCUUAGCAAAAACAGUUCAUUUCAAUGAAAUUGCAGCAAUCAGUGCUUCGGCUUGCAGGGGCGAAGUACAUCCACACAAAUCUUUUGUCUUGAGUUUAACUUUUGGUGAAUUUUGGCGUGCAACCUUGCGGCAUUUACCAAUAGUAAACCAUCUUGAGAGUGCAGACAUUUGAGGAAACAAAGCCCACAGAAGAGACAUGACAUACAGAGUAAUGAGCAGGAGUUUAGGGUACAAAUAAGACAGACAGGUUUCUUUGAUGUAUUUUGCUCAUCCGCCUCAGCAGCUUCAUUUCCUCCUCAUUUUUCAGUGUGCUUUUUUGUUGGACCCCAUGUUUACUUCCGUUAUGCAGAGAAGACACAAUCUGACUGGAUGGAUUACUUUAAUAAUUACCUGUCAAUGCUUUUAAAAUUCAGCAUGGAAAAUUACACAACUCUUGCAGAGCAAGUUAGCAUUUUUAUGCUAACACGCUUUAAGAUGGUUGAAUAAUUAGAACUAUGGACUCCAUUCAAUGCUCAAUUUAAAAUGAGCAAAAGGAAUUCAGAGUGUUAGUUACGUAGUGUAACUCCAGGUUGUAUAAGUAUAGGGACAGCCCUCUCAGUUUGAGCCACCAGUCACCGGCUCAGAUGGCAGUGCUGGGGGAGGAGAAACCUUUGGAUGCUGACCUCAGGAGCACUGUGGGCACGCUCCUAAUAUUUUGCACCUCUUCCAACGCCAUCACCAUUGAGUGGCCUGAACAGCCCAUCUGGGCUAAUGGGGGUGUCAGAGAGCCCCCUCCUUUCUGUGUCUGGGAUAAAAGUAAGAAAAGGUCAGAAUGGAGCUGGACACCAUGUUAAUCUCAGGAGAAGAAAUUAUCUUGAGAAGGCACGACAUCAGCUCCCCAUGUACACCUUUAUUAAAAUGUGAUCUGCAUCCACACACGUUAUUCGGACAAGGAAAAACACAUGUUAAUGCAAGUUGUAAAUGCGUGGUGACUAAAAUGUGAUCUGCCUGACCACAUCCGGAGGUCGUCUGGCUUGCUUCAUGUUCGGAGUAAGUAAGCACAGCUCAUACAAGGUGCUGGAAACACAUACAGGUAUUUACUUUUAACCAACACAAAAUAUGUGAGAAGUGAGACGGCUGAAAGAGAUGUGCCUCUAAUUAUCGAUUUUAUGUCUAUUCCGUGCCAUUAAAGAGCCAAAGGUGCGUUAUUCAAAAGAAAGGCAAUGAAAUAAUAGCGGUACAGGUGGGAAAUGAAUGAUAUACACUAAGAAAUGACUGUGUGUGUGACUCGUUUUUCAUUUCCUGUUUUGCCUAACUCAACAUCUGACAAGCUUGGAUCGUUUCUUUUCUGGAUAAUAUGUCUGGAUACAAGUCCCAUUUUAAUACCAGGUGUGAAUGGGGUGCAUGUUGAGUGGCCAAGACAGCAGGGAGAUGUUGGUGAGCACCUCAGACGCCUGGAAGGUGUGCCAAUGAGAGAGGUUGGUUAACAUAACAGUAAUAAUGUCUCUGGCGGGAGGUUGGGCCAGCUGCCGUCCAGCAGCUCCGUUGGUUUAGCUUCAGGGGAAUAUCAGGAGGGAUGCCGCGCUUUGCAAAAUUCUCCACUUCUCGAUGGCUGGAAAGCGAGGCAUUACAGGAUGGAUCUAUCCACCUGAGCCACCAGAAACUCACUCAUGUCAUCCAGGAGGCUUCUCGACCUGAGGAAGGCGAGCACAGUAUGGACAUGCUGCUUGGGGGGGUGAGGGCCAGGCCGGCACGCUCUGGCCCGAGGAACAGCUUACAGCUGGCAUGCAGGUUUAGAUCCACGACGCAGGUCUAUGGAUAUGGAUUUAGAGCAGCUUUUUCAGAUCCAGACAGAAGGAUUUAGAAACAAUAAACCGCUAUAGGAAUCAUAUUGGCUGCUACAGACAAAAAGCAGGAAACAUUCAUAUUCAGGAACGAGCAGUGACACAAUGUGUUUGCAAGGAGCAAGAAAAGAUUUUUUUUCUUUUUACACAAAUUCUGAAGACUGUAUUUCCAUAACCAUUUUCUAUUUCUAUUGGUUGUUUUAUGGGAAAUAUCCAGUUUUCCAAGUUGACACCAAGAUUGGUUAGAACUUUUUCUUUGUCCUACUGUUUACUACUAUUGUUAUUUUUGCAUUUCUUUUCUAAUUUUUGAUAAAAAUAUGAUUUCACUGUAUGAAGAUGUCACACAGCUUAACCGCAUGUUGCCAAAUCAUGCCUUCAGCCUUGAGCUUUGCUUAUGUUGCAUCAUUAUGUUAUUGAAAUGUUAAGUGUUAACAAGAAAAACUCUAAAGCCAUAGCCAGCAGCUCCUGGGCUGCAUUGUUUACCACAUUCCACAGUAAUAAAUGGUUUGAUGAAACAAACAUUGAUAUUGAAAUAUUGAUGAUUUUGCUAUUUGUGGAGACUUUCCAGUUGCGUAUA